GAAGCGGAGAAGAGAGGGAGCGGGGCGGAGCGGCAGGAGCAGAAGCUGGGGGACGUCCGAGCGUGUGCCUGCCGCCGGUGCCGCCGCCUCCUCGCCCUCGCCAUGAUCAUCCCGGUGCGCUGCUUCACGUGCGGCAAGAUCGUGGGCAAUAAGUGGGAGGCCUACCUGGGGCUGCUGCAAGCGGAGUACACGGAAGGGGAUGCCCUGGAUGCGCUGGGCCUGAAGCGCUACUGCUGCCGUCGGAUGCUGCUGGCCCACGUGGACCUGAUAGAGAAGCUUCUCAACUACGCGCCCCUGGAGAAGUGAGCCCCCACCCCUGAAGGCCUUCAUCAACUAUCGGCCACGUGGAGGAGCCCCCAUCCCUGAAGACCUUCAUCAACUAUCAGCCACAUGGAAUAGCCCCUGCCCCUGAAGGCCUUCAUCAGCCACAUGGAGGAGCCCCCAUCCCUGAAGACCUUCAUCAGCUAUCAGCCACAUGGAAUAGCCCCUGCCCCUGAAGGCCUUCAUCAGCCACAUGGAGGAGCCCCCACCCCUGAAGACUUUCAUCAGCUAUCAGCCACGUGGAGGAGCCCCCAUCCCUGAAGACCUUCAUCAGCCAUCAGCCACAUGGAGGAGCCCCUAUCCCUGAAGGUCUGGCUCAACUAUCUGUCACAAGGCCUCCAGAGAUGGCAAUAAACCCACUAUUGGGAAGUGGUGCUGGUAA